AUGAAUCGUCGGUGCCGUACUUUGGCAAAGUCGGUGUGUAUUGUUAUAUCGGCCGGCAUUCUGAUCCUAGUAAUCCGUCAUGUUCAUAAGAAUCUUAGACCUCGAAAAAUGCUAAAAGAUCUUAUCCCUGAACGAGUCCCGGAACCAUCCGGUGAGGCUUUAAACGAUCUUCCACCGAUACCGUUCGCCGAACUUGAAUAUAUUUUGCCAGAUACGGUAAAAGACAAGUUUGCUAUUGUGGAAAAGUUUGCUAUUGUGGAAGUUAUCGAGCGAGAUACUAAACUAUCAUAUUAUCAGCAUGCAAUGAGUGGAAGAAUCGAAGAGUAUGUUGACGACAGCGUCGAGAUCACAUUUUUCGAUCGUUUCUACAAUUGGGAGAUUGCGGCUGGUUCAUAUAUAGUGCGGAACACAAAGUGGGCAGUAAAUUUUCUAAAAGGCUUUGCUGACUACGAAUACAGAUUACCUGCACGUUACCAUGGCACGGACAAUGGAGCUCUUCAUGCGUACCUUGCUGAAGUAUUGUUUGGAGAAGAAAGGAAGAGCGAGUUGGCAUUCUGCCUUCACAUCUAUUAUAAUUUAAAAAGCUUCGAAGAUCUAUUCACAUUCGAAGCUUGUAUUCGUGCAAUGCUUGGAUUGUAUCCGGUCCAUGGAAAAAUAAAAAUAUUCAAGAAAAUCGCUAUAAGUCGAAGCAGCAGAAACCUACGUGAAGACGUUCGAAGUUGUGGCUUCGGUGGCGGAGCAUUAGCUGGUUGUGUUUCAAUGGCAGAUCGUAUGGAGAUGGUGACCAGGCGUCGCUCUGCUUACGAGGGCGGAGACUACACUGAUGGGAGCUUCUUUCCCACGGACGAACCUGGAUGGCAAGAGAAGGACGACACUGCUAAUUGGACAAUAACUGUGCUACGUACUCCUGAGAAACAGCAAAUCAGACAUUUUUUUACUGAAAAGGCAACGAAUACUAGCCAAAAACCUCUCCCAGUACUUAAUAUGGAUUGUCACGGAGAUCGAAAGGACAGCUCGCAGGCAGACGACACUGAAGGAUCUACCAAAAAGGCAAAGAACUUUGGUCAAGAAGCAAUGCCCGGACGUGAUAUGGAUAGUCGCGAGGAAGCACUCGAGGAUCAAAAGUACAAUUCGCAGGCAGAUGACACUGAAGAAUCAGUAGAAAUGUCGAAGAAAUGCGGCAAAGGUUCCAUCUCUAAACGUGAUAAUGGUUGCCACGAGAAAACUCCCGAAGUGCGACAGGACAGUCUGCAGGGGGACAACACUGCUGGGUCCACACAACCUAUUUCCGAACAUCAGCGCCAUAUUGACCAAGAAACUUCUCAAAACGCAGAGUUACACGGUAACACAACUUCCGAACGAGAUGAAAUCGACGUUGUCCGCGAUUUCAUCAACCGUUACCCGGCUCUUGAGAAUCAUCAACGUGACCGAGCUGUCCAAACACCCAUCUUAUUUACGACAGACAUAAACAACAACAACGUUCAUCACGCUCCAGAGAUUGAAAGAAAUGCCCUCCCAAACGGAAACGACAACGACAAUCACAACAAUGGCAUACCUCCUGUUGACGCCCAACCUAAUAACAUCCUCAGACGUGAUGGUCCAUCGGCUUUUCACCCGUACCGACCCCCGAAUAGACAACCGGAGCCACUUGGACUUCAUGAACUUCCCUUCCACACUCCCAAUAGUGGAGGCCAUGGCAACCUCCUUGGAAAUCAAGCACUUCCUCCUUUACUUGAUCCUCUGAAUUCUUUACUCAUGCGUGGGAAUUUUCCCAAUCUUCUUGGUCAGAAUAAUGCUGGAGCACCAAUUCAACCUUACGGCCUCAACCAA